AUGGCUCCCAUCCAAAUUACCAUAAUCACGGGCUUCCUUGGCUCGGGCAAGACAACGCUCAUCCUCAAUCUCAUCCCCCAACUAAAAGCGGCCAACCCUGACUACAAGCUCGCCCUUCUCAAAAAUGAAUUUGGAGACCUCGCCGUCGACUCACAGCUCGCGUCGUCCAACGCCAUAUCCGGCGUACGAGAGAUGCUCAACGGUUGCAUUUGCUGCAAUCUCGUCGGCCAGCUCAGCGAGGCUUUGAAGGAGCUGCAGGCUCAGGUGACACCUGACCGGAUCAUCAUCGAGACCUCUGGCUCGGCCUUUCCUGCCACUCUGGCCAUGGAGAUCAACCGUCUUGCACGCCAGACCGGACAAUACGUUCUGGACGGUGUUGUGAGUGUGAUCGAUGUGGAGAAUUGGCAGGGUUAUGAGGACACGAGCGUCACGGCUAGACUGCAGGCCAAGUACACCGACCUAAUCGUAUUUAACAAAUGGGAGAACUGCGAUGAGCGGAGAUUCGACGACUGCUUGGAUCGCGUCGGCGAUCUCGAGGUUCAGACGGCGUGGGUGAAGAGUAACAAGGGCCAGGUGCCGAUGAACCUCAUCUUUGGAAUUGAUGGUGGGCUGGCGCAGUCCAUAACCGAGGAGCCGAAUGGACAUGACCACGGCCACGAUCAUGAGCACACCCAUGAUGACAACCACCAAUCUGAGGUCGAGGUGCUCUCAGUAGAGCUCACCGGCCCUAAGGGCUCAAGUGUCAACGCGGCAAGUCUUCAGAAGCUCCUAAAGACGGCACCAAAAGAUGAAGUCUACCGGAUAAAGGCCGUCUUAUCAUCAUCCUCUGCGCUGAAAGGCUCCGACGAAGACCAGACAACCCCGACACCACCGUACCCAGAGAGCAGGUACAUCUUGAACUGGGCCUUUGGGCGAUGGACCUUUACGCCCGUGCCUGAGAAGGUCGAGGAGCACGAGUCGAGUGAUCAGAAGACCCUGCGCAUGACCAUGAUUCUGGCAAGGUACGAAAGCGCGAAAUGGAAGAAGAAGCUCGAGGGUGGAGGUCUGCUCGAACUAGAGGGUGAUGCUGCCCCAGGGCAUCUUACCGUCACCAAGGUUGCAUAA